UAGUUAGGCAAAUUGCCACACUUUCCCCCACUCUCCCCAGCUAACACGCUGUAUCCAAUUUCCUCCCCAUAUAUAUAUAUACACCCUCCCUUCCACCUAAACUCAUAAUUCUUCAGACACCCAAAAACAAACACAUUCUCUUCAUUCAAUGGCUCCUUCCACACUUACGGCCCUCGCAGAGGAGAAAAUCCUGCAGGAAAGCUUCGUCCGAGACGAGGAUGAGCGUCCAAAAGUUGCAUACAAUCAAUUCAGCAACGAAAUUCCUGUGAUUUCAUUGGCUGGGAUUGAUGAUGUUGGUGGGAAGAGAGCUGCGAUAUGCAAGAAAAUUGUUGAUGCAUGUGAAGAUUGGGGGAUUUUUCAGGUGAUUGAUCAUGGUGUUGAUGCUAAACUUAUAUCUGAGAUGACUCGUCUUGCUAAGGGAUUUUUUGCCUUGCCGCCGGAGGAGAAGCUUCGUUUUGACAUGUCCGGCGGAAAGAAGGGCGGCUUCAUCGUCUCUAGCCAUCUGCAGGGAGAGGCAGUUCAAGAUUGGCGUGAAAUAGUGACAUAUUUCUCAUACCCACUUCGCACCAGAGACUACUCAAGGUGGCCUGACAAGCCGGAGGGAUGGAGAGCAGUGACCGAGGAGUACAGUGAAAAGCUGAUGGGACUUGCUUGCAAGCUCCUUGGAGUAUUAUCAGAAGCCAUGGGGUUAGAAACAGAAGCCUUGACUAACGCAUGUGUGGACAUGGAUCAGAAAGUUGUAGUCAACUUCUACCCAAAAUGUCCCCAACCUGACCUCACUCUCGGACUUAAACGCCACACUGAUCCAGGAACCAUCACCCUCUUGCUCCAGGAUCAGGUGGGUGGUCUCCAGGCUACCAGAGAUGAUGGAAAGACUUGGAUCACUGUUCAGCCUGUGGAAGGUGCCUUUGUCGUCAAUCUUGGAGACCAUGGUCAUUACCUAAGCAAUGGGAGAUUCAGAAAUGCAGACCACCAAGCAGUGGUGAACUCAAAUAGCAGCAGGUUAUCCAUAGCCACAUUCCAGAACCCAGCACCAGAAGCAACUGUUUAUCCUCUGAAGAUUGAAGAAGGAGUAAAGCCAGUGAUGGAGGAGCCAAUUACAUUUGCAGAGAUGUAUAGGAGGAAGAUGAGCAAGGACCUAGAGCUAGCCAGGCUUAAGAAAUUGGCUAAGGAGAAGGCAGCUGCAAUAAAGGACGUUGAGAAAUCCAAAUUGGAGGGCAAACCUAUAGAGGAUAUCUUUGCUUGAAAUAGCUAUUAUGAUAUAUAGCACCAUGUUUGUUAAUUUUUAUGUUUGUUGUUACUUGUGGGGUAUGUUUUAUUUGAUGAACACUGUAUUUGGGUGAGGCGAUGUGGCUUACCUCUGCAUUUCGACCCUUAAUAUGCUAUCUAUUUAUAGAAUAAUAAGAUUUUGCCAUUACCUCACAA